AUGACUUCACACGAGAAGACCACAGGUCCUACUCAGGACACACCCCACUCCGUGACUGAGUAUGAAAGUGAUGGCUCCCAGUCGGGAGUGGGAAAGAAAUCGCUUGGCCACUACCUCCGUCAAGAGGUUCGAGCCUCCAUGUUCACAGAACUCCAGCUUGUUAUUCUCACAUUCUGCACCGGAAUACAAGAUGCCACAACCUUCCCCGACUAUCACUGCUUCGCAUCUAACCAAACAGGAAACACAGUGUUUCUUUGUUUGGCCCUCAUUCUCCCCGAACUGAACGGCGAAAUGUUCUUCACAGCCAACAUUGGCAUGGCAUUGGGCCUCUUCCUAGGAGCUGGUUGGCUGACCGGUCAGCUCAGUCACAUCAUCGGGUCCCGAAAGAGGUGGUGGUUGAUACUGUGUAACCUGGUCCAAUCGAGCUGCGUCCUUGGAGCGGCGGCGAUUCAGUACCGGCAUGGGAUCAAGUCCCAGGGGUCAGAAGCUUUGGCGGUUGUUGGAUUACUAGCAUUUGCUGCGGGAAGUCAGGUUGUCCAAUCUAGGAGUCUAUCAAUGACAGAGAUCAGCACAGCCAUGGCUACGGCGGCGUGGGUGGAUCUCAUGAUUGACCAGAAUCUCUUCGUGUUGAAGAAUAGGCCACGGACUCGGCGAGUGGCAUUCCUUCUGGCUCUCGUGGUAGGUUCCCUUGUUGGAGCCGCCAUAUACCGGGAAGUGGGAUCAGCUACCGCCAUUGCAGUCUCGGGAGGUGGAAAGUUGAUUGUGACAUUGCUCUACUUGUUUUCUCCGGCGCAAAAGGCCAAGAAGGAGCAGUCACCCGCAUAA